CUAGCCUUUUACCUCACAGUAGCAACAGAGACUUCAGAUAGUUUCCUGCUGAAAUUCUCAGCUUUCUUGCCAGCAGAAAGAUGUUAUCUCCCAAGUAUCCCAUCAUUGCUUAGCUGCUUAUUACUCUAGUACUUCAGAAUGCCCAGAACUGCAUGAUGCAUUGCAUUCUCCCUGUGUUGAUAUUUCCAUGUGCCUUCCAACCUGCCAAGGACACAGGGCAAGGAGCUGCCAACUCCAGUGCCACUCAAGGCCCCUCCUCUCACUUCCCACCCCUGAAGGAAAGAUCCUUCCCUCUCUGCUUCAUUUCCUCGAAGGAGGACAGGACAGUUUUUUUGUUUGUUUUUUAGCAAACACCGCUCUAAAAAUUAUUGUAACAUUCAUUUUUGUGUCAGUGGGAAGCUAGCAAAGAUGGACUGGAAACAAGUACUUUUUCUUUGCUGCCUCAUGACUUUCGUGCUCCUGACUGUCCUUGAGGGAGGCAAUACCGUAGCUGUGGGUUCUCAGAAAGCAGCCGCUGGUGAAUCAAGCAAGCAAAGUCUGAAAAAGAGAGUCUUCAUGAAGGAAUCAGACGCCUCUAACUUUUUCAAGAAGAGAGGCAAAAGAUCUACCAAAUCCAGGGACGAACUCAAUGCGGAGACCCACCAGAUGUUGGCCGCUGAUGAACAAAGGAGGGAAUACUACGAAGAGCAGAGGAAUGAAUUUGAGAAUUUUGUUGAGGAGGAGCGUGAUGAGCAGGAUGAGAGAAGCCGAGAACAGAUUGAACAGUGGCGGGAGUACCACUAUGAUGGCCUUUAUCCACCAUAUUUAUACAAUCGCCACAUUGUCUAGAGCUAGCCAGAGGAUUGGACCACACACAGCAAAACCUGAAAUUGUGGCCUGUUCGUGCCCUUGGCAAGACCAUCACCAAGGCAACCUUAUUUGUGCCAUGGCUACAUUAUUGAUCCUUCUCUUUGUUGCAUCCGUUAAUAUUGACUGUACUCCUAGGUUGCUUUGCUUUGUAUUUUGAGGCACCUGCAGAUAAAAGAAUCUGGACCUUCAUGCAUACAGCAAACAUAAAGCAGAAAGGAUCAGACCUGUAUAUAUCUGCACAAUUCCAUUUAGAACAAGCUUUCUUCUAAAAUAAUCAAUAGAUUUGAAAGAAUAAGAAAGCCAGUUUCUGCAGUAAUUGAAAUAUCUGGUACUUUUUGUAAAAUUCAGGAGCAAAGUAUAUUGCCUUAAUGUUAUAUUUGUUUAAUAAAGAUAUUUUAGCCUA